AUGGCUUCUCAGCAGCUAGGGAUGAGCGACGACGAUGGUAGCCCACCACCAGAGGGUAGCAACGAUUUGGGUAUGAACAAGCACGGGAAAGCAGACAGGUCGAGGCGCGUUUGGAAUGUUCGCGAGGAAGAGAUUCUAAUGGCAACAAUGAAGGAGCUGGCAGCCAAUGGCUGGAGGGGAGAUAAUGGAUUCCGAUCAGGAUAUCUUGUGCGUGCUAAGGAGGCAAUCAAGCGUGAAUUCCCGAAUACGGAUAUCUUGCCUCAUCCUCACAUCUAUUCGAAGAUUACAACGUGGAAGAGGAAUUACGGUUCUCUAAAGAUGAUGCUUAACUUCAGUGGCAUUGGGUUCAAUACCGACGACAACUACCGAAUAGACGUUGAUGAUGAGUCGUGGGCACAAUUCAUUAAGAAAGACAACAAUGCACGGUACAUGAGGAACAAGUCUUGGCCACAAUAUGAGGACUGGAAGGAGGUAUUCGGAGUGGAUCGUGCAGAUGGUGAACGCGGUGUAGACGUUGCGGCGUCAGCUGAUAAGCUCUAUGGUCACAAGGAGGUCUCUCCUGAUGAUGCUGGUCCAUCCAACACAAUGACUCUUGAGGAGCUAUUCCCGGAUGAAGUGUACCCCGAUGGUGUUCUCCCCGAGAUGGUGGAUGAGAGCCAAUCGUUUACUGAGUAUGUUGCGCCUGUUACUGGUGCAGGGGCUGAAACAGGGACCGGAGCAUCACCUGCGGCUGGAAAACGUUCGGUUGCCGGUCGAGAAUCCGGCUCUAGAUCUGGAUCGGGGAAGAUGGGGAAUAGGGUACUAAAGAAACAGAAAAUAGAGGAAAAGAUGGAUGGCGUCCUUACUCUCAUGGGCCAGAUACACAAUGACACCAAUGAGCGGCUUAAAGAGAUUUUCGCUAGAAUUGGAUAUGAGUUCGACCUCAGUACCAAAAGGGCCGAAGUGUUUGAUCAAAUGAAAGGUAUUCCGGGUCUAACUAUGAAACAACAGUUCUACAUUUCAAAGAAGCUUGUGAAGGAACCUGAACUACUUGACCUCUUUCGGGGAUUGAACGAGACUUCUCGUGCGGCCUUUGUCUUUGAUCUUUUGGAGACCGAUGGAAUGCUAGGCUGA